GUUCCUUUUCUUUGUCUUUCUGGACUUAUUACAGAGUAAUUCAAUUAAACUUCAUCAAUGGCCAACCACAUUGAAAGGAAAUGCAACAUAUAAGAACCACAAUUAUCUUUAAUUGCCCACAACCAUAACUCUAUAUUUCAAUUCUUUUACAAGGUAUUCUAUUACUAGUAACAUCCUCAUUUCCGAAGCAGCCUUGUGGGGGUAUUAAUCACAUUUAGUGAUAGUUCUAGUUUUUACUUGUUCUUGUCCACAAAGUAGGAAAAGCGCGUGUUCUCUUUUAGCGGGUCUUCCAGGGCACCUGUUCUGGGAAACGUGGGGUUUUUCACAGGAAAAACUAAUUUAAGUUUAAAUAUUAUGUCGCUGAGGUGGAAGACAUAUCUUGUUAAUAAAUGUAUUUAUUUGCUAGAAAUAAAAAGAUAAACCAUUUUUAAGUGUGCUUUUUAUAAGAAUUUUGUUUAUAUUUGAAAAUAUUUCAUUUUGUAUCUUAAUAUUUUGUUUAGUAUGCCCUGUUGAGAGCCCCAUUAGAAAGGAUGCUGGUACCGAUGACGUAAAGUCGCGCGUGUAAGCAUACAAUAAACGUGUGUAAACACUUGUGCAGUGUAGAUCUAAAUAGAAUCUAUAAAUAAUUAGCGAUAACAUUUCAAUUUAUCAUGUCCGACAACGGCAACAAACGAAAGAGAGGAGCUUAUGGUAAAAAAAAGCAACAAACAAAAACAAUGAAGAUAUUAAAACGCCACCUUCAAAACAAGAAACGUCGGGAGUAUACUAGUAUUGACAGAGUAGAGUCGGAGUAUUCUCAUUGUAGAAAUAAUUUGAACGAACAUGGGUUAAUACAGUGUACUGAUGAUGAACUUGAAGACAGCAGUGACUCUGACCUAGAAUGUGUCCUAAAUAUGGAUGACAAUGAAAGUCAAACAGAGAAUGAUGAACUAGAAAUAAUGUAUUUUGAAGAUGACGACUGA